AUGGGCCCUGAGGAUUAUAUCGCCAUCUUCCGCGGGCCACCAGAGGCGAACCUUGACUUGACGUUGGCUGGCAACUGGAAAUCCUUGAAACAGUUCGACACCCCGUCGUUCCCGGGAACAUCGCGGAGAGAGCGGAGGUGUGCGGCGCAGCCAUCGACGAGCGUGUCGAUGACCAGAGAGGGGGUUGUAGGCUUUGUCGGGAGUGGUCCCGGCGCAGUCGACCUCGGCGAAGAUAACGCGACAGGCGACUGCGUCGAACGAGCCGCCGGCGAAGUCGUCCUACGCGGGGCUGGCAGCGUCGUCCACGUCGGAUUCCGCCAUGCUAGGCUAGCGGAGAGAAAAGUCAGCGUGGAAACGAGGCAGGCGAUAGACGUCGCAGAUGUAUUACUUAUUGAGCCGCCGGGGAAGAAGUGCGGUCUCGUCCGUUGCGUUGAUCUUCUGCGGUGGGAAAAGCUGCUGCGAUGGCGGGCGUUUGGCGGAGAUGAUCGCCAGGGACGAAAGAAGAAGGACCCGCUGCGAACGGGCAUUGAUUAA